CCCCCUCCCCCCGCCAUCAACCGCUCCUCCUCCGUCUAUAAAUCACCCGCCUCGCCGCCGCCUCCACCACCAUCUCAUUCCUCUUCCUCCUCUGCUUCCGCCACCACACCACACCGACGCGCGCAUCUCACCCGCCUAACUGAAGUUUGUUCUCCAAAUCGAGCGGGACGAACGGACGGACAUACAGUACACACGAUCGGAUCCUCCUCCUCCACCACCACCUCCAAUGGGGCAGUGCAUGUCGAGCGGCGCGGCGAGCGAGUCCGCCCGCGCAGCGGCGGCGGCGGCGGCCAGCAAGGACACGGCGCUGGUGCUGAUGCCGAGCGGCGAGAUGCGUGAGUACCCGCGCCCAACGACAGCCGCGCGGGUGCUGGAGGACGCCACCACCUCCCACGACGACGACGACGACUGGUUCCUGUGCGACGCGGACGGGAUGGGGUUCGAGGGCCCAGUCCCGGCGCUGCGCGACGUGGAGCUGCUCCGCGCGGGGCAGAUCUACUUCGUGCUGCGGGGCACGGCGCGCCGCCACGGCCUGCGACGCGAGGAGGUGGCCGCGCUCGCCGUCAGGGCCUCCGCCGCGCUCUCCUCUCGGGCGGCCGCAUCCGCCGCGCCUGGAAAGCGGAGGCGCGGCGCCGUCGUCACGCCCCUCGUCUUCGCGCCGCCGCCGUCGGAGGAGGAUGAGCGGGCCGCGGCGGCAUGCAAGGCUAAGGCAGCGGCAGCGGCGCCACCGGUGCGGCGUGCCGCGCCGCGCGUGCGGAGCGGCCGGCGGCUCGAGCGGUUCGCGUCCGACCUCACCGCGAUCGCCGAGUGAGUAGCGGUGGCUCGGCCUCACACGGACGGGAUCAUCACGUCGGGCUCCCUUCCCUCCAACGGGAUUGUUGCCAAGGCGGCUCUGGAAGCAGAGGAGGACGCCGGCGGGACGGGACGAACAGAGGAAUUCCAGGGUCGUCGGAUUCUGAACAGACCAUGCCCAUGGACGGGCGGGGUAAAGGUGAUUAGAGUAUGGAUCGCAUGGAACGGAUUUGGGAUGCGGGUGAUCAACUGAUCAUGCAUGAUUCAUGAUGACGAUUCGCAUGUGAUCCGUUGGGGAUUUUUUUUUGGUUUUUGCACGGUUUAUGAGUGAUGAGAUCUUUCGGGCUCCAAAUUGAGAGGAGGCUCGUUUGCACGUGAACGAAAUUAGACUAGUCAGAGCCUGCAGAUGCAUGCAUGGUGUACAAGUUGAUGUAUAAAUGUCGAGACGGGUUUCAUCUUAUUCAUUGCACUGAUGACAAAAAGCGGAUCGAUUUGAAAAGAAAAAAAAAACUUGUUUGUUUA